AUGUUUGGUGUUAAAGCAAAAAGAGGCAUAGCAUCGUCUUUUUUGCCUGGUGAACAAAUUGCAAAUAUUAAAACUGAAGAACAACUCGAAGAAAUUGCCAACACUUCUGAAACUGAAGAACAGCUUGAGGAAACUAAAAAUAUUGAAGAAGACCUACAACCUACAACGUCUUCACAUCAAAUUCUGUCUGAAAAACACGAGUUGAUUUCUACAAAAAGAGUGGCCUCAAAAGAAAAUAUUUUACUGCAAGCAAGAAAGAUGUUACAGACCUCACAAAAACAAUUUCCUCCCACUCAAAUUGGUGAUAAUGUACAAAUACAAGUCACUGAUGUUGACCGUGGUCAUACAGAUAGCCAAAAUGUGUUAGCAGUUGUUGUUGGAAUAGAAGACUCUGACUUUUAUAAACUGGCAAAUAAAAAUGGUACCCUCAAGCAGUUUCACACACGUAAUCAGUUUAUAAUUUGUAAAGAAAAGUUACUUUCCAUAGAUGAGAUUUCUUUUCAAGAAAUGUCACUGAGAGAAGCAGCUACAGCUAAUUCGAGAAGUGGGGGACAAGGCUAUACACAAUGUCAUUGCAAAAGGAAGUGUUCCAUAAAUAAAUGCAAGAGAGAGGCAAAAAAAAUAUGUCACCCUUGUGACAUUUUGUAG